CCAUGUAGACCCGCGUUUUACCCUUUUCCGGAGUCUCCCCAGCACUGGAUCAGGCAGGAUCGGCAGAAGGAUAUUUUAUUAUUUUGUUGCAUAGUCCUGGGGACUUUACUGAGUCUUUUCCAGGAAAGGAAAGUUCAAGUUGCGGAAAACUGAGAAAGCGAAGCUUAACUCAGCUCUUUGGCGUCAGGGAGCCAUGUCUGCUGCUGGGGAUCUCAUCCAGCGUCUCCGUGAUGAAGCCACGUGCUCCAUCUGCCGGGAUUACUUCAAGGAUCCAGUGCACAUCCCAGGGUGUGGCCACAACCUCUGCCGAUCCUGCUUGAUCGAGUGCUGGGGGGAAUUGGAGGCAGAGGCUUCCUGCCCCCAGUGCAGAAAAACAUUCCAGAGAAGAAGCCUCAUCCCCAACUGGAAUUUGCCGAAUGUGGUAGAAAUAGCCAAGAAUUUCAGCCUUCAAGAGGGAAAGGGAGAAGGAGUCUGUAAGAAGCACCGGAAGCUCCUGAAGCUUUUCUGCAAAGUCCACGAAGCCCCCAUCUGCGUGGUGUGUGUCAAAUCAAAGGAACAUAAAAACCACAAGGCGAUUCCUCUGGAGGAGGCUUUGGACGAAUACAAGGAUAUGAGAAGCACCUUGCAGAGGUAUGAGAAAAGAGAGAGUCCAGAGAAGCCACUGCCUUUCCCUCCAAGCUUGAAACAAUUCAAAGCAAAUGUGACUCUGGAUCCAGACACAGCCCACCCCUGCCUCAUCCUGUCCGAGGAUCGGAAAAGUGUCAGAUUGGAAGAGGAAGUGCAAGACCUGCCUGACAAUCCUGAGAGAUUCAAUUGUUGGCCUUUUGUGUUGGGACGUGAGGGAUUCACAGCAGGCAGACAUUUCUGGGAAGUCAAUGUGGAAAGUGGGGAAGUGUGGACUAUGGGGGUCGCCAGGAAGUCUGUGAGGAGAAAGGGCUACUUCUUCAUAAGCGCUGAGGGAGGAAUCUGGGCUCUGGGGAAGUGGGGAGGCAAGUUCUGGGCCCGCACUUCCACUAGUUACUCUCGUAUGUCCCUGAAUGAGGAUCCCAGGAGGAUCCGGGUGACUCUGGACUAUGAAGGGGGACGUGUGUCUUUUUAUGACGCUGACUCAGGAUCCAAACUCUACACGGUCUCAGGAGCCUCGUUCUCUGGAGAGACCCUCCUCCCUUUCUUUGAGCUGGAUGACAUUAAAGCCCACCUCAGUAUCUCCUGAAGACACUAAAUUUGCCUCUCAGGCCCAUUAGAUAUUUCUAUCCAGACAGAGUGAUGGAUAUAAAAAACAUUUACCCGCCAAGAGCACGUUAGGCAGUUUUUCAAGGGCCCUUUGAGAGGAUUCAUUCCACUCAAAAUAAGCAGAAAUAACAAAACAAAAAUGGGUUGCUGUUGCUUUGCAUUUUCUUUCCUUUUCCCAGAAUUCCCUCUGCAGCUUCUUAAAGAGACAGUCACACUUUUAAGAGUCCUAAUAAAUUCAAUCUUAUUUUCCUUUUGAGUUGUCUGAUUUGGCAGAGCUCAAGACUCUUAAUCCCAGGGUCGUGGCUUUGAGCCCAACGUUGGGCAAAGGUUUUCUGCACUGCAGGGGGUGAGACUAGAUGACCCACGGGGACCCCACAACUGCAAUUCUAGGAAACCUUCCUCUCCCCACAAUAUAUUAUGCCGCUGUGAAAAUUCAUGCAUCAUUGGAUUAAUAGAUGACUAAAAAUGAACCCCUAUCAGGCAGGAUAGCUCCUUGCUCUGGAGACCUCAGACGGGAAGAAAAUGUAAAAGAAAAUGAACAGGGUGUUAGCUUCAAAUGCCCUAUGCAAAUAGAGCCUCGAAAUCUCCACACUUUGACAGAAAUAAACCUCAUUGCAUUGAGUGGGGCUUCUGCCCAGUUGAAUGUGUUUCGAGUGGAUGCAUUAACAUUCCUUAUUUACAGGCUGGAUUCUGUCCAUCGGGGGCAUCAAAUGGGGUGUCCUCUGGAUAGUG